AUGCACUUCUCUACCGUGGUCUCCGCCCUUGGCCUGGCAGGCUUCACAAUCGCGGGGCUGGUGGCGCGUCAAGCCGGGAAGCUGAAGAUCAUGCCCCUUGGCGACAGCAUCACCGAGAUCACUUGCUGGCGUGCCCUGGUCUGGGAUCAGCUCGCCGAAGCCGGGUACGCCGAUCAGGUCCAGUAUGUGGGAUCACAGAACAGCAACCCCCAGAACUGCCAGCCAGCCACCGCCAAUUGGGACCAGCACCAUGAGGGCCACUCCGGUUGGCUCGCCAUUGACAUCGCCAACAACUACCUGACCAAUUGGCUCCAGAGCACCCCGGCGGAUAUCGUUAUGUUCAUGCUUGGCACGAACGACGUGUUCCGGGGCCAUGGGACAGACGACAUUAUUGCGGCUUACACCAAAAUGGUGCAGAUCAUCCGCGCGUCGAACCCUAAGACUAAGAUCAUUGUCGACCUCGUCAUCCCCCUCGGUGUAGGCUCCAACGCAGGAAUUCAGGCUCUCAACGCCCGCAUCCCGGACUGGGUCGCCGGUCUCAACUCGGAGGAGUCGCCCAUCGUCAUCGCCGACUGCAACACCGGCUUCCCGACCUCCGACCUACGUGACGGCGUGCACCCCAACCUCGAGGGCGACAAGAUCAUCGCGUCGAAGGUUGGCCCUUUGCUUUUGGAUUAUGUCAAGCAGUCGCUUGCGGCAUAA